GUCGGCAAUGUAAGUGGAGGAAACAGUGCUGCCUUUAAAGAUGGCUUCCCGAGGAAACGCGCCGUGCCGCGUCUAAGCCGAAAAAUGAUCGAAAACCCGUACGAAAUCGUGUAUAUCGGCUGAAUCGAAUAUUAUGGUGGUCGAAGAUACAUUCGGUACGAUCGUUCAACAGGGGUAUACGUUUGGUGUUUGAAAACGUUCGAGCGACUGAAAAUAAUAGCAAGAUUGCCGAAGAUGCGAGAGGAGGCCAAUCUAGCGGUGGUCAUUCUACCCCGUGUCGAGUGACAGUGGCUUACGUAACGGAUUGUUUCUCGCUAUGAUAACGAUAUUCCAGUCGCGAAUGCGAAACAAGAAACUGUUUUACCAGGUUAUUCGCGGCGCUGCGCACGAAUACGCUAGAAAUACGUAUCGCGACUGACCUGAAUUUUCUCAGUUCUCGUUUUGAUAUCGUCGUACCACGCCACCGUACGCGUCCACCCCGUCUCACGCCGCCUUCGUUUCCAGUCACGCUGGAAAAGCAUAUCGGAAUUGGUCGAAUUGAAUUAUGACAGCGGCGCUCGUCAUGGAAAACGCAAAUUGGGAUGCUGCGUUGUCCAAGCUGCUGAAUUCUCUGCAGGAGAACAAGAACGAGAUACCGAGUUGCACCGACGAGGAAUUUGGAUUCCUCAGCGAAUUGUUGCAGUCGAAGGAAUUGAACGCGUUGGUGAACGUGCACAAUAAGAUUUUGAACAAUGUCAAGGACGACAAGUUCUUCCCGGUACUGUCCAAUUCCAUGGACAUCGACAUCGAUGUUUUGAACUUGUUGGCGACCAAGGUGCACGUCUCGAAGGAUUGCAAAGAGCUUUUUCAUCUUCUUCAAAAGCCGCAUAUACAGGGAUUGUUGUGCGCUCACGAUGCGGUCGCGCAAAAGGAUUACUAUCCGAGACUACCGGAAAUUCCGUUGGAAGUCGACGAGGACGAAGAGACGGUGAAGAUCGUUCAGCUGGUGAAAUCGAACGAACCCUUGUGUGGCGCUGGCGUUGAACCGAUCGUGGGGGCGACCAUAAAAACGUGCGAGCUGACGGGGAAGAUCGUGAUUGCGCGAAUAAUGCACGGCGGUGCGGCCGAUAGAUCCGGCCUCAUUCACGUUGGCGACGAGGUUUGCGAGGUGAACGGCAUCAGCGUCGAAGGAAAAACUCCAAACUGUGUUCUCAAGAUAUUGCAAAAUUCCGAGGGUACCAUUACGUUUAAGAUAGUUCCAGCCGAUAGUAAAGGAGGCAUUCGAGAGAGCAAGGUACGAGUGAGAGCGCACUUUUCGUAUAAGGCCUCCGACGAUCCAUACAUACCUUGCAAAGAGGCUGGACUAGACUUUUCCAAAGGCGAUGUCCUCCAUAUCGUCAGCCAGGAUGACGCUUACUGGUGGCAGGCGAGACGAGAGGGCGAUCGAAAUAUGAGAGCCGGCUUGAUCCCUAGCCGAGCCCUACAGGAGAGACGAAUUAUUCUGGAGAGACAGCAAAAGGAGAAGACCGACGACGACAAUAUAAGCUUGUGUUCUGUUCCAGUGCCUUUGCCCGCAUUGUGCCCCCGUCCUACUACCUCUUUGCACGCCUCGCCCACAAAGUGCAACUUGCAGGGAGUAAAAACUAAAAAAAUCAUGUAUGACGCUGCAGAGAACGACGACUUUGACCGGGAAGAAAUACCUACCUACGAAGAAGUAGCGAAGCUAUAUCCGAGGCCGGGUCUCUACCGACCGGUGGUUCUGAUCGGGCCACCGGGAGUCGGCAGGAACGAGCUCAAGAGGCGGCUCAUGGCCACCGAUUCCGAUAAGUACAAGACGCCCGUUCCUUAUACCUCGAGACCGCCGAAAUCCGGCGAGAUCAACGGCAAAGAGUAUCACUUCGUAACCCGCGAAAAGAUGGAAGAGGAAAUCGAAGCUGGCAAGUUUAUAGAGUACGGCGAGUACAAGGGUAACUUGUACGGUACCAGUUCCGAGAGCGUCAGCUCGCUGAUAAACGCCGGCUACGUUUGCCUGUUAAACCCGCACUAUCAAGCUCUAAAGAUGCUUCGAACACCGCAAACAAAGCCGUACGUGAUAUACAUAAAACCGCCUAGGUUCGAGAUAUUGAAAGAGACGAGAAACGACGCCAGGGCAAGGUCCACGUUCGACGAGAGCAACUCUCGAGGUUUCACGGACGAGGAGUUUAACGAAAUUCUGCACAGCGCGGGUAGAAUAGAAUUUCUCUACUCUCAUCUGUUCGACGAAGCGAUAGUGAACGCUGACCUGUCAAUGGCGUUCGAGCAACUGGUGAACGCGGUUCAUCGAGUGGAGUCCGAACCACUUUGGGUACCUGCUUCGUGGGUUCAAUAAAUUUUCCUUGAACCGAAAAAGGGCCGCGAACUUUUUCAAUAACACGCGUUAUUUUUUCCUCUACAUAAUUUUCGAUGGCAUUUCGAAUCACCUCGCACUUACCCCGAUGCCUUUCUACCUUUCAUGGACGGGAUACGUUUGAUACGUUUGAUACGUUUUCGGACAGGAUAUAUUUGCGAGCGAUCAAUUUAAUCGUCUUCUUUGUUCACCGUUGUUUUCGAAUCUAUCGUACGUUCGAUGUGUGAUCUUAUCGUUAGUGUGUUUACUGCCAGGAACGUUGCGAUCGAGGGAAGCGUCUCGUGACCAAGGAUAGAGCGUUGCUUUGAUUUAAUCGCGUGUUAUCUCGCGAAUGGCGAAGAUUAAAGGGGAUUAUUAGGAAAGACACGUGAACCGUGUUUAAAGCUCUUAUGUAAUUUUGGGAUCAAUGAUUAUAAAUGGUAACCGAUCGGACACAGUCGAGGCGAGACGUUCGUUCGAAACACACCAGAGAGGAUACGACAAUUUGGGGAAGAUGACGCGAACCACUCGUUGCUACCACUCGUUAAUACCACUCGUGACCUUUGAUCCCAAUUGUUGUUGAUUGUUGCCAAAAUAAGUAUCGUACCUAGAACACGGUGAGAAUCGUCUCACGAUUAUUGUAUUUUCCACUUGAUCAGCAUUGCCACGAUAUCGCUAUUUUUUUCAUAAUUAAGGGCUGCCAGCGCGAGGAAAAUUUAUGCGCGCGAUCCUAUCGGCGUUGCAUCAAAUAGUUCAUCCUCGAUGUAAACUCUGUAUGUUACCGAAAUAUAGCAUUACACUUUGAAAUA